AUGCGCCGCUUCUCUGCGCCCCUGGCGGUUCUCAUCCUCGCCGCGACCCUCGCGGACGCGCGGCGAUUCCCCCUGGAAGUCACCAGCGGCGCUGACUCGUUGUCUCACACGGCGUCGAGCGGGUCCACAAAGCUGGCGGUCAACAGCGACCAAGGGCACAACCUCCAAGUAGCGGGUUCGAACAUCGUGGAGGUGACCAGCAGUGGGGUCGCGGUUACCGGGACGCUGACGCAGAGCAACAAAGCGUACGUGUACGGCAGCGAGGCGAGCACUGCCGCAUCAACAAUUUCCGGCAGUUUGCAGGACAUUUCGUGGAGCUCAGCGACCGCAAACGGAGCUAUGAGUUGGAGCAACAACAAGGACUUUACACCCACCAACUCGGGCUUGUACAAGGUGUCCUGCAUCGUCUCAGUUUACCUCGAUUCGGCGGCGAGCAAUGGCGAGCGUGCCCUCCAAUUGGCCCUUCGGACUUCGUCAACCUAUACUAUUAUUCUUGCAGGGAUAUCACACCUCACCAUCGAGGAUAGCAGUACUACUACAUACAGCCAGGUGGUCAUCGGGCCAGUCGUGGUGUCGUUAACGGGCGGCACGGCGUAUAAAUUUGCUAUUCGCUCUUUUAGCAACGGAAACGGGAUAAUAAACGAUGGAACGGGAACAGGCGGGGGGUUUGGUGAUCAGUUCAACUCCUUCCUGGUGGAGUCGUUUCCGUGA